AUGAAGUUACUAAGAGGUCCCUGUAAAAAAUGGACUGUUCCUUUCAGACUGGAGGGUUUGGAUCACAAGAGGGUGAGGAAGGUGUCUACAGAGGAGGAGGAGUCCAGUGAGGAUGAUGAGGACCUCACACCAGAGCAGCUUGCUCACAAGAAACAGUUUCAACAGAAAAGAAAGAUGCACUAUAACGAAUUCCAGGCAGUUCUGCUGGCUAAGCAACUCUUGGAUGAGGAAGAUGACGAUGAUGCUGAUGACGAAGCAAACACCAAUGAGGCCAAUGAUGAGGAUUUGGAGGAGAACAAUGGUAAUGCGACGGACAGUGUUCAAAUGGUCACAGAGGAAAGCGGGAUUUCACUGGAGAGCAAUUCAGGUGACCAGCAGUCUGAAAGUCCUAGACGAAGUCAGGGAGCCAAGCGCAGUAAUAUUACAACCAUGGAUGACACUGGACAUUUAGAGACUCAAAUAAAUUAAUUGUAUUAGCCUACUUAAACCUGCAUGUUCAUGUAUAGAGUUUAGGGUGGUUCCUUUAGCAAAGGCCUAGUUAAAUAUGUGGUUUUUAGUGUAAAAAAAUCUUAUUUUGUACCGGUUGCGUACAGGCAAAGAUUAUAGAUUCUAAUCUCUUCCACUAAAUGUUGAAAUUUACUCAGCUUAUUUAUUAAAAUGAAGAUUAAUGCAGCUUAAAGAAAACAACGCAUUGAAUCAGAAGGCAAAGAUAUGGGUAUGUGCGUAAAUUUUCAACAAAUACUUUUGUAAGAAUUGUUUUAUCAUCAUGACAAAAAAUAGCUUUACUGUUUACAGCCUCUGAAGAAUGAAAAAUGACUAUAUUGAAGAAAUGUAUGGGAACAUGUAAUACUGUAUUUGCUCAGGCUAGAAGCUCAUUAAAAAUUGUGUAUUUACCAAUGAACAUACACACAUAUAUAAGAUAUUGUUAAUCUACGUAUAUAAUGACUGUUAAAUAUCUGGCAAAACAUAUAACACAUACUUUUUUCUACUGAACAAUAUUCAAAACAUGUCUUACGCGGUUAUGGAAGAACAUCAAGAAUAUGCAGUUGAAACAUUUGUUGUGUAUUGUUGAAAAAAACACAAAGAAAUUGAGUGUGAAAAGGGUAAUUUGAUCCUAAUAAAACAUAUAUUGUCUUUUGUAAGCACAGCAAUGUACCUUCUUUAUGCCCCCGAUCUUUCGAUAUUGUUUUUGGCCUGUCUGUCUGUCAUUCGUUGUGUGUGUCCCAAAACUUUAACCUUGGUUUUGGUUAAAGUUUUGCAAUAGCUUUUGCAUUAUUGAAGAUAGCAACUUGAUAUUUAGCAUGCAUGUGUAUCUCAUGGAGCUGCACAUUUUGAGUGGUGAAAGAUCAAGGUAAUACUUCAAGGUCAAAGGUCAAACAUAUGGCUUCAAAGCAGGGCAAUAGGUGGCAUUGUGUUUCUGACACACACAUCUCUUGUUUUAAUAAGCAAUGUAAAUGUUGCACAUUGUUUGUUAUAAGUAUUGAAAAUCAAAAUUGAACUUUAAAAAUUAAAGAUUUUGGUCUAUACAUGUUUUUGCAGCGUUGAUUGAGCUUUUUUCCAGUAUGUUAUACUUUGGGGUUUUGUCUUCUUUGUAUAACCAUUGUUACUCAAGUAUUGAAUCAUAGAUAGAAACACCUUAAGGUUUUAUCUUACUAAGCCUUUGUUGAUUAUUGUUACUUUGUUUGUCAUGUUAAUUGGCCAUGAUUCUUUAUUCAUGAAUCUUUAAUGUAGUCCUUGAUUUUUUGCUUUAUAUACAAGUGUAUUGUUUUUUCUAAUGCAUGUUAUGUUUUUGGUAUGCUUUGCUGUCCGUGCGUGUGUCUGUCCGUCCGUGCACAAUUUUUGUCAGGGCUAUUUCUCAGCAAUUAAUGACCAGAAUUCAAUUAAACUUUAUGGGAAGCUUCACUACCAAGAAGAGAUGUGCAUAUUAUCAGCUGGUUCUGGUCGAUGAUUUUACACAGAGUUAUGGCCCUUUGAAAUUCUCCAUGGUACAUAUAGUGCAAUUCUUGUCAGAGCUUUUUCUCAGAAACUUAUUAUGGGAAUUCAAUGAAACUUUAUGGGAAGCUUCACUACCAACAGAUGUGCAUAUUAUCAGCCGGUUAUGGUCGGAUGCUUUUUCACAGAGUUAUGGCCCUUUGAAAUUUUCUAUAAACUAUACAUAUAGUGCAAUUCUUGUCCGGGCUAUUUCUCCCCAACUACUGACUGGAAUAAUAUGAAGUUUUAUGGGAAGCUUAAUCACCUUGAGGAGAUGCGCAUGUUAUUAGUGGGUUCUGGUUAGAUGAUUUAUUUAGAGAGUUAUGGCCCUUUGAAAUUUUUAAGUUGCUAAACCAUCCAUUGAUUAUUUUGUCCAAAGUUAUGCCCCUCAAGACUUUUCCUUUUAUCUGAAUAUAUAGUGCAAUAUUGGGACACAAAAACCUUUGGGGAGCAUCACCUGUCUCCGACAGUUUCUUGUUUCUCUUGCAAACAUGUUAUUGUGACUAAAACCUUUAUUUGACUUUAAUCAAGUUAUAACCCUUAUUUCUUGUUUGGUCAACCAACAGUAUUUGAAUGUUUGAUGGAUUUAAACACUUUAGGAAAAUAAAACACCCUUGUAUGCAAUUGAUAUAUUGUUUAGUAACAUAGAUUACUAAUGUAUCAGUGGGUGUUCAAUCUUGUCUUGAGUAGUUGUUACGGCCAGGGCAAAGUGGUUUAUCUAUACACAUUAAGUUAGGAAUGUACUUUUGUGUGCUGGUAAGUGCUAUUUUUCAUCAAGCAAAGUGCUAAAUAGGACUGUUUUCUUGAUUAUUAUUUUUCAAUGUAGAUGAAAACAGUUGUUGCAUCUUUAUUGUGUAUGGUACAUGUAUAACAAUUUAGUACAGUAACUAUGGCAUUAGUACAUUAUGUAUUACAAUUGUCACUGUCGAUGCUGUUUUACGCCUUGGUAAGUGUUCAUGUUCCUCACAUGAACGUUAGAUGUUCAAUUUUUGGUUUUAGUAUUUUGUUUCAAACAAAAAUAAUAAAAACAGAUUUUUUUGUCAUUAUCAGUGUUUCAAUCACAUCAUUUUAAGCUCAAACUCAAGAUUUGUCUUAUCAAAGAUUUUCCAUCAUUAUUUUAUUCAUUUGUCAGUAUAACACUAUUAUAUACAAUACUUUGACGAUAGUUGUUCCUUUCACAAAAGUUUGCAUUCUCUGGACAAUAUUGAAUAAAAAAAAGAUGUCAUACCUGGUUAACUUAUUUAAACAUCGCAUAAAUAUGCUUUACACAGCAGUACAAAGAAAAUGCAAGUAGAUGAACGAUUGUUUGAAAUGGUUUUGUUUUUUAUGUGAGAUCGGCUUCAAACUUAAAAAUAUUGUUUAUUUUUUGAUAACAUAGUUGAAUCUCAUAAUUGACUUCUGUCGUAAAACGUUUUUCUUAAUAUAUAUAUUUUUUUGUAGAAGGAAGGUUCAUACCUAGUAUAUGUAAUGAUUCAAUAUCAAAGACGAGUCCAAAAGAGAUUAUUAGCAUCAUUUACUAGGCUCUGAUUUUUCAAAAAUUCUUUUUUUUAUUCGGUUUUAGAAAAAGUCGCUUUUUUAUGGAGUCAUAUUACUGUAUUGAAGUGUCGGUUAAUGAAUUAAAAAAACAUAUAGUUAUGCUGUUUGUUUCACAUGUAGUUUUUGAGUUACACUUUUCAUGUAUAAAAAUAAAAAUAUUUGCAUCCACUUCUCUGAUGUCAAAUUUCUUUUAUAUUGGUAAGGCAUUUUUAUUGCUAAUAUAUUUUACACUUCUUCUUGUUGCGAUCUUAAUUUUCUCUUCUGAAGUGAAAACUCCAUGUUAUGUUUGCACAUUUAUAAAAUAAUGUUCAUUUCAGCAACAUACAUGUGUAGGUGUUUCCUAUAUAAUAAUGUUAAUAGAUAUGCUCACAAAAUAUGUAAAUACUUUAGGAGGGUGUUUUUUUUUCGAAUUUAAGGAAAUAACUUUUCCCAAAUGAGCUUUUUCAAAAUGGGCACAUGAUUUCAUGUUUUUUUAUGGUUUCAAAGACAUGUCUUCUGAGAUCAUUUGUUUUCUGUAAAACUGUCUUUAUUGAUGAUUGAUCACUCUGCAGUGCUCCAGAUAAGCUAUUUUACAUUGUGUAAAUGUGUGCAUACUUCUGUUACCUUGGGUGUUAUAGACUUCUGUUACCUUGGGUGUUAUAGACUUCUGUUACAUUGGGUGUUAUAGACUUCUGUUACCUUGGGUGUUAUAGACUUCUGUUACCUUGGGUGUCAUAGACUUCUGUUACCUUGGGUGUUAUAGACCUCUGUUACCUUGGGUGUUAUAGACUUCUGUUACCUUGGGUGUUAUAGACUUCUGUUACCUUGGGUGUUAUAGACUUCUGUUACCUUGGGUGUUAUAGACUUCUGUUACCUUGGGUGUUAUAGACUUCUGUUACCUUGGGUGUUAUAGACACAUCCUGAGAAUCUUUGAGUUACAUGUGCACAAUUUGUGGUGAUAAAUUACCACACUUAAACAGUGUUGAUUUUACAUGUACACUCAUCAACAUUUAAAGGGAUACAGGUAUACACUGUACAGAUGUUAUUAGGGUAACCAAUAUGUUUCUUAAAAGUUUUCCGCCAAUGUUUUGAGCUGGUACUGCUUAAAUGAUUACAAAAUGUAAUACAAUGGCAUUGAGUUUGUUUGUUUGUUGUUGUUUUUGUGCAAAGUGUUUUGCCAGUCGUCUUUUGUGCUUCUGUGUUGUUUAUGGAUUGGUAUACAUGUGUUCUUUGUGAAAGUUUUGUGCAUGUUUUGCUGAUCCCUAAAUUGUUCCCUUCAUAGUCAUUCCCUGUGUAAAUAAAGGUCAACUAUGUAAGGAACUGAUGAUGUAAUCAUUUCUAGAAAUGUGAGGUUUUAUUAAAUAUGUUAUGACAUAGCAUUGGACAACUUAGCAAUUAUUUUUGUAAAAGUGUGACUUAAAAAAUAUAAGUUUUUCACUUUAAGAUUUUUAAACAUCACUGAUAUUAAUGUUAAUUAUAAUUGUAACAUUAUUGUUUUAAUUAUCAUAGUUUUAUUUGAUGCCAGAUAUAUGUAUUCUUCAUGUACAGUUCUAGUUUUCAAACAAUGUAGUGUGGUAACUUCUCUCCAAUAUAUUCCUCCUCAGAUAAGUCUUAGUCACUAUUUCUUUUGUAUAUUCAUUAGAUAAUUGUCGUUAUACUCAUAGUAUUUUCAUAGCUCAUGUGCAGUGUACAUACACAAUAAAACGUGUGUACAUAGAUCUUUUUUCAGUAAACAGCAAGUUGUCUAGUUAGCCGUCCAUUUACAAAAUCUUUUUGGUAUACUGUUUUAUCCCCGCCAUAGGCGGAGGGCUAUUGUUUUGGCGUUGUCUGUUCGUCUUUCCGUCUGUCCGUCCGGCACUUUUGUGUCCGGAGCCAUAUCUUGGAAGUGCUUUGGCGGAUUUUAUUGAAACUUGGAAUGAGUAUAUAUAUGGAUUAGAGCAUGAUGCACGCCAAAUGGCAUUGUACACCAUUGGAUAAUAACGGAGUUAUGGCCCUUUGUAUCUUGAAAAAAUGCUUUUUUGUGUUUGUCCGGAGCCAUAUCUUGGAAGUGCUUUGACAGAUUUUAUUGAAACUUGGUAUGAGUAUAUAUAUGGAUAAGACGAUGAUGCACGCCAAAUGGCAUUGUACACCAUCAGAUAAAAACAGAGUUAUGGCCCUUUGUAUCUUGAAAAAAUGCUUUUUUUGUGUGUCCGAAGCCAUAUAUUAGAAGUGCUUUGACGGAUUUCAUUGAAACUUGGUAUGAGUAUACAUAUGGAUAAGAGGAUGAUGCACGUUGGCAUUGUCCAUGUGUCCAGAAGUAUAAUGGCUGGGGAUAUCAAUUCAACGAAUUUGCAUGUUUAAUUUGUUGUGGAGUGAGGUUGGACAAUUUUGGAAUGUGAAAUAACUCUUGUCUAAAUGGUCAGCUUGUAUGAAAAUUGUUAUGUGACAAAUAAACGACCAAUUUGA